UCAUGUCCAUGGAGUGACCUCAAUGACAUUUCUUCUCCAAAUACUCUAGCUCUUUCCUUUACUGAUUUUUUUCCUCUUAAUUUAGAAAGGAGGAAAUAAGGUAUAUAUUUGUUGGUCAGAUGAUUUUAAUAAGGUUAAGAAAAAACUGGCUUCCUUCAACAUGCCAUGCAUUUUCAUGCCUCUGUGCCCAUGCUUCUGCUGCUCUCACCACUAGAAAUGCUGUUCUCCCUCUACCUGCCUGGUGAAUUCAACCCCUAAACCUCAAAUUAGAGGCCAGCCCUUCUUUGCGUCUUCCCUCCCUGAUGCCACCUUUCCUUCUAGGCUGCCACCAUCCUUCAAAGUUAACUUGGUUAUUGUGCUUCACACACUGAACUGCCUUUGUGUGUUGAGGUCUCUUUACCCUAACAGGGUGAAAGUUUCUCUUGAGGAUCUUUGAUCCCCAAGGGCUUAGCUCAUAAAAGGCACUCUAAUAAAUAUUUGUUGAGUGAAAACAUCUCCUUCUCACCAUAUUUGACAAUUUCUAAUUUCUCAUAAAUUUUCAUCAAGUUAUAGCAGCAUAGUAAAAGUCCUUAUGGAUUGAGUCCUUGAUUAGUUCUGGGAGAUUACUGAGCACCCCGCCUAUACUUCAGGGACAAUAGGAGUAAUGGGAGUAAGUGCUAACCCAGCAGCAGGGAGGAAGAAUCAAGGAGUCAUUUGGAAUCCAUAGAGUCACAUUUCUUUCCUUCUUUCUUUCUUUAUCUUUCUUUCUUUCUUUCUUUUUCUUUCUCUUUCUUUUUCUUUCUUUUCUUUCUUUCUUUCUUUUUCCUUCCUUCCUUCCUUCCUUUUUUUUUUUUUUUGACAGAAUCUUGCUCUGUCACCCAGGCUAGAAUGCAGUGGCACAAUUUUGGCUCACCACAGCCUCUGCCUCCCAGGUUCAAGAGAUUCUCGUGCCUCAGCCUCCCCAGUAGCUGAGACUACAGGCACCCACCACCACGCCCAGCUAAUUUUUAUACUUUUAGUAGAGACAGGGUUUCCACCAUGUUGGCCAGGCUGGUCUCAAACUCCUGACCUCAGGUGAUCCACCCGCCUCGGCCUCCCAAAGUGCUGCGAUUACAGGCGUAAGCCACUGUGCCCAACUAGCAUUUCUUAGCCUAAUGUUUGCAUACUCCAGCUUUACCUCUUGGCAGCCCAAAGUAGAUUCCUAGGUUCAACCAGAAGUUCCUUGAAAAUUGUCAGACUUCAUAGAAGUGUGGAGUUGGGAGUCAUGGAUCUAGUACUGUACUUCCACUUACUGGCAAACCCCUUGGGACAGAGUAUUAAGUUUGACAGACUUGGGUUCAAAUCCUAGCUCUGCCACUUAGACCAUCUGUGGGAGCUUGUUACCUCUCUGAGCCUCAGUUUCUUCCAGAUCUAGAAAGAGAAUAAUAUUUAUUUUGAAGGAUUGUUGUCACAACUAACUUAUAAGUGUAUAAAAUGCCUAAUAUAGGUUUGGUACUUCAUGGGUGUUUAAUAGGUGGGAAUUAUAAUUUGGAAACACUGGAGUGGGUGGGAUGAUGAUCUGGGCAAUGUAUUAUUAUUUGUUUACUAUUAGCAGAUCCACAUAUAUGCAGGGGAAAGCCAGCUUAGAAUUCAAAAAGCCACUUUACAUAGCUACUUUUGUUAAAUGGAUGUCAAAUACAUAAUGAUAUUUGCAGUGUGACUUAAUAAAGGCCUUCAGGGGGUUUUCCAGCUUUCACUGUUAGGAUUUUUUCUGAUAAUAGUCCCAUACUUUCCUACUCUGAUGUGUCCUCACUCAGGAGCACUGUCUGGCUCUCCCCAUAGGGAGCUCGGGACAGUUUCCUGCCUGAGGUGUUCAGGUGAAUUCUGUGCUCACUUUUCUUUUCUCUCUCUUUGUCUGUCUCUCUCACCCUGAGGUCUUAUCUUGUCCUCUGGGAGGUAUGUUAAGUGCUCUGCCAGGCUGCCUGUGCCUGGCCUGUUUUUUCUCACUGCCAGUACCUCUUGGAUUCCAAUUCCAAACAUGGUAUCCAUCUGGGGUCACCCUUUCUUCCGGUGCCAAGAGAGAACACAUUCCAAAUGGAACACAAGUGUGCCUCCCAUGCUGGCUCUCCUCAUUCUGCUUGGGAAAAACCGAGAGCAGGAUGUGGCCGCGUCAUCCCACACUGCUGGACUUUUCGGUCCUGUAGUGCUACUUUCCCUUGGGACUAUUUAGGUUUUUCUGCUAAGAAACAAAUUUGAAGACUGUCCCAAGAAACAUGGAACCAAGGAAGCUUGCCAGAGCUCUGCAGGGAGAGCCAGAGCCUUGCUGAGACAGCGGGGGUGGUGGAGAGGUGGGGGAGUGGGGGAGAGGGGGAGAGAGAGAGAGAGAAAGAGAAAGAGAGAGGUUUUUAAAUUCUCCAUGAAGUGUACUAUGUUCCAUCAUUCCUUCCCAAAGCCACUAGAAGCAUUCCUUCUAGGAAAGGUGGAGUCGGUGGUGAGAAGCCGGAGGUGAGAAGACCCCUGAGCGGACGGAUUCAUUCAUUUUCUGAAUUUCCUAUGUGAGGACAGUAUUAGAGCUCAGUGAGGCUUUGAGAGGCCCCAAAGAUGAGCGCCAACAGCAGCAGAGUGGGCCAGCUUCUCUUGCAGGGUUCAGCGUGCAUUAGCUGGAAGCAGGAUGUGGAAGGGGCUGUCUACCACCUAGCCAACUGCCUCUUACUCCUGGGCUUCAUGGGGGGCAGUGGGGUGUAUGGAUGCUUCUAUCUUUUUGGCUUCCUGAGUGCAGGUUACCUGUGCUGCGUGCUGUGGGGCUGGUUCAGUGCCUGUGGCCUGGACAUUGUUCUUUGGAGCUUCCUGCUGGCUGUGGUCUGCCUGCUCCAGCUGGCACACCUGGUAUACUGCCUGCGUGAGGACACCCUCUCUGAGGAGUUUGACCUCCUCUACAAGACGCUGUGCCUGCCCUUGCAGGUGCCCCUACAGACAUACAAGGAGAUUGUUCACUGCUGCGAGGAGCAGGUCUUAACUCUGGCCACUGAACAGACCUAUGCUGUGGAGGGUGAGACACCCAUCAACCGCCUGUCCCUGCUGCUCUCUGGCCGGGUUCGUGUGAGCCAGGAUGGGCAGUUUCUGCACUACAUCUUUCCAUACCAGUUCAUGGACUCUCCUGAGUGGGAAUCACUACAGCCUUCUGAGGAGGGGGUGUUCCAGGUCACUCUGACUGCUGAGACCUCAUGUAGCUACAUAUCCUGGCCCCGGAAAAGCCUCCAUCUUCUUCUGACCAAAGAGCGAUACAUCUCCUGCCUCUUCUCGGCUCUGCUGGGUUAUGACAUCUCGGAGAAGCUCUACACUCUCAAUGAAAAGCUCUUUGCUAAGUUUGGGCUGCGCUUUGACAUCCGCCUUCCCAGCCUUUACCAUGUCCUGGGUCCCACUGCUGCAGAUGCUGGACCAGAGUCCGAGAAGGGUGAUGAGGAAGUCUGUGAGCCAGCUGUGUCCCCUCCUCAGGCCACACCCACCUCUCUCCAGCAAACACCCCCUUGUUCUACCCCUCCAGCUGCCACCAACUUUCCUGCACCUCCUACCCGGGCCAGGUUGUCCAGGCCAGACAGCGGCAUCCUGGCUUCUAGAAUUCCUCUCCAGAGCUACUCUCAAGUUACAUCCAGGGGACAGGCCCCUUUGGCUCCAACCCACACGCCUGAACUUUAAGGAUCAUUGGACUAUCUUCUCUGUGGCCAGCGCAGCUCUCUUCUAUGUUCACAGAAUGGCCACUGAUAGGCACGCCUCUUUUCCCACCCACUGGAAGGCUCACAGACAAGGUGAGAGAGGACACAGAAGGUGCCAACACUGUCGCUACAGUAAGGACCUGGAGUGACUUUGAGAAAUUCACCCUCACAAGCCUUCCUUCAGGAGCAGGCAUUGGUAGUGCAGAGGCACAGAUUCCAUCCUUUACCAGCUGCAGAAUCUUGGUCAAGUUACAUAGCCUCUGUGAGCCUCAUCGGUAAACAGUGGGGGUUAUGAAACCCACCUCACAGGGUUGUUGUGAGGAUCCAAUGAGUUGAUUUAGGUAAGCACCUAGCACAUGCCGUGGCACCAAGUAAGCACUCAAUAAAUCACUCAACUCCUUU